AUGGCUGGACUCGCGACAAGCCAAGCUCCAUUCACAGUCCGCGCGCGGACUGAUGUCGUUGAGAUCAAAGUACCAGAGACGUGGAUCCAGCUGACACUCGACCCCGACGAUCUCGAUAGCGAGCAAUUCUUGCGCGAGUUUAGACUCAAAACUCUGCGAAUACACGACGAACAGCGCGAGAGGCUGAAAGCCUACACCUGGAGCGACAGAUUCAAGGCCAUGCAGGUCUUCGUCGAUCUUCAGACCACAAAUGCUCGAGAAAGAGUUCAACGAAGAUCGGACACUCAAACAAAGCCGUCUGCGAACAGCUCGGGGAAACGUAUGCCUCCAGAGUCGAAGGGACCUUCGACCAUUCCCCUCGCUGCGGACAACAUCCAGUAUCACACAGCUUCUACCUUGGCUGAAUCAAAUGACGCGAUCUCAUCCCAAUUUCUUCCCUCUACACCUCAAACUUCGCCGUCCUCGUCUGUUGGCAAUGCCAGAUCGAAGCAGCCCGCAUGCACAACCAUGUCGCCUACAACACCCUUACACUCGAGCAGAGCCAAUUUGAAAGAGCCUGACAGACAUGAGGCAGCACCUACAUCGUCACCACAUUCAACCAGAGCCGUUCUAACAAACGCCGAGACACGCGAGGUAGCAGCUACAUCAUCUAUACCAGCGUCGCAAGUCUCUGCCACUUUUCUCUCAACGUCUACAAACCGCCAAACGGCAAGUCUCGACGAAGGGAUGAACACGAUCGGCGCGCCCAAUUCGGGGGGGGGUUGGCUCUAG